UUUAUUGCAGACUUUUAAUUUGAAGUUUCUACCGGAUAUGGCAGUUUGACGUUCCGCUUUAUUUCCGGUCUGCGGUCCUCUUAGCGGAGGAAUGUGUCCUGCUGUCUGACCGAUGGUCAGAAAACGAUGCCGGUUCCCUCCUCCUCCCGCAGCGAUGACGGCCCUAACAUCCCAGUAGAGGAGCUCUCCACUGACAGGAUCCACCUUCAUCCAUAACUAUCAAUCUGUCCUGUUUCUAAACAUGGAGCGCUAAGCUCCUCCCCUUUGAGGAGACGGUUCUACGGUUUUCUAAAGGAAUCUCAUCUAGUGGAGGCUCAGGGUUUGGAUCUCCUGGUCAAAGAUGUUUUCAGCUCUAAAGAAGCUGGUGGGGUCUGAGCCUGGGCAGCUCAGGGAGAAAACCAUCCCUUCAGGACUGCAGUCCAUGAACCAGAGUCUGCAGCGCCGCUUCGCCAAAGGCGUUCAGUAUAACAUGAAAAUAGUCAUCCGAGGAGACCGAAAUACUGGAAAGAGCACUUUGUGGCACCGACUGCAGGGGAAGAAGUUUGUAGAGGAGUACAUUCCCACUCAGGAGAUCCAGGUCACCAGUAUUCACUGGAAUUACAAAAUGGCUCCAUAUCAAGCUACUGAUGACGUGGUGAAGGUGGAGGUGUGGGAUGUUGUGGACAAAGGCCAAAAAUAUCCUCUUCCUGAAGGUGGAGGUAAAGGAAAGCGCCGUGGGGACAACUUGAAAUUGGAGAAUGAGCCUCAAGAGUCAGACGAGGUGGCCCUGGAUGCAGAGUUCCUGGAUGUCUACAAGAACUGCAAUGGUGUCAUCAUGAUGUAUGACAUCACCAAACAGUGGACAUUCAAUUACAUCCUGAGGGAGCUUCCCAAAGUACCCACCCACGUACCGGUGUGUGUUCUGGGGAAUCACCGAGACAUGGGAGAACAUCGCGUUAUUCUCCCUGAUGACAUCCGGGACUUUAUCGCAGGGCUAAACAGACCGAUGGGAUCAUCCUACAUUCACUACGCUGAAUCGUCUAUGAAGAACGGGUUUGGCUUGAAGUAUUUGCACAGGUUCUUCAACAUCCCCUUCCUGCAGCUCCAGAGAGAAACGCUCCUAAGGCAGCUGGAGACCAACCAGCUGGACAUGGACGCCACCCUGGAGGAGCUGACUGUCCAGCAGGAGACUGAGGAUCAGAACUAUGAGAUUUUCUUGGAGAACCUGGAGUCUCGCAGUAAGGGCCAUGCUUCUCCUGGUCCGACCAACGGUCAGAGUCCCUCCUCUGGCUCCCAGUCUCCGGUCGUCCCUCCCAGUGGUGCUUCCACAGGCAGCUCCAGUCCCAGCACUCCUCAGCCUCCACUGGCUUCCCAGAUGCUUCCUCAGGCUCCGUCUGCACCCUCCCCUGCUCCCCCUACAGCAGUAGUCAGUGGAACCUUCACCCCCAUGGCUGAAAUUAAACCUCCUCCCCAGUCACCCGAACACCAGCAGUCACCCUCUGCACCUGGGGGGUCAGGUCCCCAAAAACGCAGCUUCAUAUCUCGCUGGUUUGGUUCAUCUGCUGCUGCUGAGAUUCCUGCCUCUGGUCCAGAGGAGCCUCCGGCACCCAUGUGUCCUGCUAAAGUUCAGAGUGUGGAUGAUUUUGUGCCAGACGAGAGACUGGACAGGAGUUUCCUGGAAGACAGUGUGCCCUCCAAGAACAAGGUGCCCCAACCUGCUCCAGCUGUGGACAGCGACAGUGAUGGAGAGAGCAGAGGGAACCCCAUGGUUUCUGCUUUCCAAGAUGAGCUGGAUCCUGAUGACACCAGUCUUCCCCAGGUCAGGAGCCUGCCCCACAGUAAAGACAUCUCUUUGAGCAGUGAGGAAGAGGAGGGGGUGGCCCCCCCAGUCACUCUGGACCAGGACAGUGAUCCUGACCUGAAAGCGCCGGUCAUCCAGAAAGCUCCAGAGGUCAGGGUUGCUCCGGUCUCCCUGACGUUCGCUCCAGCAGUAGAGCCAGCUGCUCCGCCAGCAGGCAGGAGGGGGGGGGGGCCAGCCAGAGCAGAGGACUCGGACUCGGAGCCUGAGGCCCCCGUAGCCCAGCAGAUGCUCUCCUUUGUCAUGGACGACCCUGACUUUGAGUCAGAAGCCUCAGACACCCCAAAGACUGCAAAGGACAUCUUUCCAGUCAGAGAUGAGCUUCUGUCAGACCUCUCUGAUGAAGACGCGCGUUUCUCCAAGGCGCCACUGAAACCCACUGAGAUUUCCUUCAAAUCCAAGGAUGAUACGGAUCUGUUUGGCCUGGGAAUCCACGAAGAGCCUCGAACAGCAAAGGACAGCAGCGAAGAGCAUGAAGAAAAGGACAGCAUGCUGUCCAAAGAGAAGAAAAAGAAGAAGAAGAAAAGCAAGGAGGAAGACGACAAGAGCAAGAAGAAACACAAACACAAGAAGAAGGAGAAAGAUGAAGCUGCAGCAGGAGAUGACAAGAAGAAGAAAAAAUCCAAAUCCAAGAAAACAAAAGUUGAUGAAUUGGAGGACUUCCUGGGUGGGGGGGGUGCUUCAGUCAAAAGAGACGGUGGGGAUUAUGAGGAGCUAUAAAGUCUCACUGCUUUGCAGAACAGAGAGACACCAGCCAUAUUCCUCACUGCAUCCACCCACUUCCUUCCUCAUUCUCACUCCAACCAACCAGGGGGCGGUGCUUAGGGCUGACCUUUGACCCCAUCCGUUCCUCUGGGUUCAGCUUUUAUUUGGUUUGCUGUAAAUAGUGAUGUGAGCAUGCUCUAAACGACUGAAUCUGUUUUAGGAAAAUUUACUUUAUACGGUGACUCAUUUACUGGAUGACGUCAUACAGUGACUCAUUAACUCUGGAUGACGUCAUACGGUGACUCAUUAACUGGAUGAUGUCAUACGGUGACUCAUUAACUCUGGAUGACGUCAUACGGUGACUCAUUAACUGGAUGAUGUCAUACAGUGACUCAUUAACUCUGGAUGACGUCAUACGGUGACUCAUUAACUGGAUGAUGUCAUACAGUGACUCAUUAACUCUGGAUGAUGUCAU